UCUUCUUCUUCACUCACUCGCAAUCUCUGAAGCUUAAACACUGAAGAAGCAGACAUAAACGUUCAGAUAAUAAAAGAACAACAAAAAAAAAAAGGUAACAACAGAGAGAGCUAUGUCUGCGAAAACAAUCCUAUCAUCAAUAGUUCUGGUGAUUCUCAUCAUCGCCGCAUCGACGGCGGCGGAUAUCGGAUUCGAUGAGUCAAACCCGAUCCGGAUGGUCUCCGACGGUCUUCGGGAGGUAGAAGAAUCUGUUUCACAGAUCUUAGGUCAAUCUCGUCACGUUCUCUCCUUCGCUCGCUUCACUCACCGGUAUGGGAAAAAGUAUCAGAACGUAGAGGAGAUGAAGCUUCGAUUCUCGAUUUUUAAAGAGAAUCUUGAUUUGGUUAGAUCCACUAACAAGAAAGGCUUAUCUUACAAACUCGCUGUUAAUCAAUUUGCUGAUUUGACCUGGCAAGAGUUUGAAAGGAACAAGCUUGGUGCUGCUCAGAACUGCUCUGCCACUUUAAAGGGCAGCCACAAACUCACUGAAGCAGCUCUUCCGGAAACGAAAGACUGGAGAGAAGAUGGUAUUGUUAGCCCUGUCAAAAACCAGGGAGGUUGUGGAUCUUGCUGGACAUUCAGUACCACUGGAGCUCUUGAGGCAGCGUACCAUCAGGCAUUUGGAAAAGCAAUAUCUCUCUCUGAGCAACAGCUUGUUGAUUGUGCUGGAGCUUUCAAUAACUAUGGCUGCAAUGGUGGCCUUCCUUCUCAAGCCUUUGAAUACAUCAAAUCCAACGGUGGCCUUGACACAGAGGAAGCUUAUCCUUACACCGGGAAAGAUGAAACCUGCAAAUUUUCAGCAGAAAACAUCGGUGUGCAAGUCCUUGAUUCAGUCAACAUUACUCUGGGUGCUGAAGAUGAACUGAAGCAUGCGGUUGGAUUGGUACGGCCAGUAAGCAUAGCAUUCGAGGUUGUGAACUCAUUCCGACUUUACAAGAGUGGAGUUUACACUAGUGAUCACUGUGGAAGUACUCCAAUGGAUGUGAACCACGCGGUUUUGGCGGUUGGUUAUGGAGUUGAAGACGGUGUACCAUAUUGGCUUAUAAAGAACUCAUGGGGAGCUGAUUGGGGUGACAAAGGUUACUUCAAGAUGGAGAUGGGAAAGAACAUGUGUGGUAUUGCUACAUGUGCAUCGUACCCCGUUGUGGCUUGAGAUGUUCAGCGAAUGUGGUUGGUAUAUUUGUUGGAUUAAACUACAAAAUGUUCGUAUAUUUGUUGGAUUAAGAAGACAUUACUUUAAAGUUGGGACUUGGGAUUGCAUCUUGUUUUUAUGCUUGUUGUAACAUAAAGGUCUGUUCAUAUGUACAAAAUAAUGCAAAAACCAUAGACGAUAAAUUUAUAAUACCUGCAUGCUGGAUUUUAGAACAUAAA